GUUCUUUGCAGAUGCAAGCCCCUGGUUCUAUUUUGCAGAUGCAGGUACCUGGUUCUUUGCAGACGCAAGCUCCGGGUUCUUUGCAGAUGGAAUCACGUUGUUCCUCGCAGGUGCACGUUCUUUGUUCUUCACCGAUUCCGGCUGAGCAAUGUGUACACAAUGAUGUGUUGGCGCCCGCUAAAGAAACAUUGCCUCGUCGAGCGCAGAGACCGGCAGCUAAAGAACAACAUCCAACGCCACCGCCGCACAAGAAUUGUCAAUCCAUCGCGGUGCUCGGAAACUCGAGAUUGCGCGUCGGCACGCAGCUCAGGAUGUCCCAUCACCCGCACGAUGGCACUAAAUGUUCGAAUUAUCAGGACGACGUAAUCGCACCAGCCGAGGAGUUCCAAGAUCCUCAGCCCGCCAGAUCAGAGGAAUCAGAAAGCAGCUUAUAGUGAUGAACA